AUGUACAAAAUUACCUUGCAACCUUGGGAGACCCAUGAAGAGGCGGAUGUGAAGAUUCUCGAGAAAAGCACUCAUUUCCACAUCAUUUGCAUCACAUUUUGGCUCAUUUUGGUCCUAAUUAUGGUUUGGUUGCAGAGAGUGAUCAAUGUCUCGCCAAAUGAAUCCAAAUUGAAAUCAGUAGAAGUCUUACCGAAACUCAUUAAAGUGAUUAAACCGUAGCCAUAAUCCACAGACUAAUCCUUGAAAUGAAUUCAACGUUUUAUUAUCGACUCAAUUAUUAACACUAUUUAUUAAGACAACUGUCCACUCGUUUACUAAUCAUUCAAUGACUUUAUUGUAAAGACUAUAAAACUUA